AUGAGAAUGCUUCUGCGUUUGAGUUUGCUGGCUCUUGGAGCUGCCUGCGUUUGUGCUGUUCCUGUAGAAAUUUCGAUGAGUACCCUGGUGAAAGAGACCUUGGCGCUGCUUUCCACUCAUCAAACUCUGCUGAUACACAAUGAGACCCUGAGGAUUCCUGUUCCUGUCCAUAAAAAUCACCAACUUUGUACUGAAGAAAUCUUUCAUGGACUGGACACACUGAGGAAUCAAACUGCACAUGAGGAUGGUGUGGAACAACUAUUCCGAAACUUGUCUUUAAUUAAAAAGUACAUUGACCUCCAGAAAAAAAGGUGUGGAGAAGAAAGACGGAAAGUAAAGCAAUUCCUAGACUACCUGCAGGAGUUUCUUAGCAUAAUAAAUACUGAGUGGACAAUGGAAAGGAAUCCUAUCGUGCCCACUAAGGUUGAUGAGUCAGUGUCACUGGCAGCAUCGCUCACCUUCAGCCCAGUUUACAGAGGACAUUCCCCACCAAUCUUUGCAAUGCUGCCUGCUUCUCCUCACUACAGCAUCCACUGCUGCGUUAAUAUCACAAAAGGCAUGUACUCUGUACUGUCCAGGAACAUGGUCAGUUCUGCAUCUCCACUUCACAUUCUGUGCACCAUCGUCAGGAUCAGGCCUCAAGGAGCCCUUGCAGCAAACCGUGAGGACUAG